UCAGCUGCAUUCGGCGCAGUGGAUGUAACCGAACAAAUCCUUCCCCAUAUCCCAUCGACCCCCAAAUCCUCCUGCUCCAAAACCCAGAUCGGCGCACAGUGGAUGCAUCCUGCUUGCUUCGCAGCAGGAUCGAGCAGAAGGCGGGCAGCCAGGCGGCAGACGCACAGACGCAGGGGUGAGGGCACGGGCGGGACGGACGCCGUGGAUCUCGUCGACGACGUUGGCCGGGGAAGCUCUCUGCCUGGACGGACGCCGUGGAUCUCGGCGACGACGUUGAGUGGUGAAGCUUCGCGGGUGGCGUUGGAGGCGAUGCUUUGCGGGCUUGCGUGAAGGGCGUGCGUCCGAUUUCCUGCGCCUGAGCCUGAAGUCCUGAACUCGGUUGCCUGAGUCAGGCAGCAACAUCAGGGCACCAACCAAACACCAUUCCGGUUGAGCGGAUAUUUCUUUGCCAAUGGCGAGGGAACCAAGUCCUGAAAUAGAUGAUGAACUUUUCAAUGAAGUUUAUGGAAAAGCAUAUAGUGGUCCAGUUGCAUCAGCUACAAACAGUGUGAUGCCUAAAGUAAAUGCCGAGAAGAGACCCCUGACUCGUGAUAAAUCAGAUGAUGAAGAUGAGCCACUGGAUCCCAAUGCUGUUCCUACAGACUUCACAAGCAGAGAGGCUAAGGUCUGGGAGGCUAAAGCUAAGGCUACAGAAAGAAACUGGAAGAAGAGGGAGGAAGAAAUGAUUUGUAAAAUAUGUGGAGACUCGGGCCACUUUACUCAGGGCUGUCCAUCUACACUUGGGCCAAAUAGGAGAAAUUCUGAUUGUUUUGAAAGAGUUCCAGCAAGAGAUAACCAAGUCAGGGAUCUUUUUACUGAGAGGACAAUAAGUCAGAUUGAGAAGGAUGUGGGGUGUAAAAUCAGAAUGGAUGAGAAGUUCCUAUUUGUCAGUGGCAAGGAUAGGUUAAUAUUAACAAAAGGUGUUGAUGCUGUGCAUAAAAUUAUUCAAGAGGGUAAAGGUAAAUAUAGUCCAAGCAGUCCAAAACAGGGUCGCUCUAGAUCGCCUGUACGAAAUACUACUGAAUUUCGCCCCAGACACUCUGAUUCUCAACGGUCCCGUAGCCCAAGAAAUGCAUCACACUCUCAAAGUAAAGGAUACUAUAAUGAAAGACAUCUAGAUGGUCACUUACACGACAAUAUACCCAAUUUUUCAAAAGGAUCUCCACAAGCUUAUGACAUCUGCGGAGCAAAAGGCCGUCCAGCCCAAUCAAAAUCUCCAUGCCAUCCUUCUUAUCUUGAUGAUUCCCCUAGAACACAUGGCGGGAAUAACCAAUAUGCUGCUGCACGUAUGCCCAAUAACUGGGGCAUUGAGAGGCAUGGAACAGAUUCCCGUUCAGGCCUUAACUUUGAUGUGCCAUCCCACCAACAGACCUUGGAAGAGCUUGAAAUGGAGUUUAAAAGGGAAGCUACAGAAUUAGCUAGAGCCCAUGACCAAGAGGAGGAUGAAGAGAACUACAAGCAUCAGGAGUCCUUGAGGGUGAUAAGAGAAAAUUUCAUGGAGAGAGUGACUACCAUGAGGAAUAUGCACGCAAGGAAGUGGGACACAUUUCUUGAACAAACUUCUAAAAGGCAACAGCAAGCGCAGACUUCUUACACCCAAAUAGGUUACCCAGAUUUUGAGCAGGGAACUACACAUAUUUAAGCUACACGUCAACCAAUGGAUUCAAAGAGCACAUAUCCAUAUGCUUCUGAUAACUAUUCAGCCCCAAAGGCUCAUGCUGCUUAUGGCGAGUUUCAGCAUGAGAGGCAUGAUCAUUUUGGGAGGACCUAUGGGCGAUAUUAGCUUUUGACUAGUGGGCGAUUGUGUGAGGAAUCAGUGUCAAUGGUAUUCUACUUAGCCCUCUUAGCACCUAUUUGCUGUUAUGUAGUUUGAGAAGGUAAGAAUUCAUAUUUUGGCAGAACUUUGUCUUCCAGUUUCUUUUGCAGUCAGUACCAUCACAAUGGGACGUGGAACUGUCCAUGCGGGAUUCAGAUAUUGUAACAAUCUGCUUUUCAAUAGCUUUGCCAAAAUGCUGUGAACAAUGUUAACAUGGUAUAGGCUAUUCCUUCUUCA